AUGGACAUAAGAAGUUUAACUUUAUUCGCUAGUCUCUUAGUAUUAGGAGUCUAUGCAGAAUUUGAAGAAUUUUGCACUAUUUCGGGGAAUGUAAAAGGUCUUAGUGAUCAGUCUGACUUUUCCUCCAUUUUUGUUACACUGUUCAAUAAGCAAGGAAACUUGAAAGAUAAAACAGCAAUAUCCGAAACUGGAUUCUUCAUUAUUCCAAUUUAUGAUAAGGGAGAUUACACGAUAAAGGUGUCAGCACCGGCUGGCUACUCAUUUGAACCUGAAGUAAUUCCUUUUGAUUUUGAGGCAGCAUGCAGUCAUUCAGUCGACAUGAACUUCAAAUUUCGAGGAUUUGGAAUCACCGGAAUGGUGAACAUUGAAAGAAAUCCAACUAAUGUUGGCGCCAAGGGCGUGACCAUCAAGCUAUUUAGUGAUAAAAAUGCAGUCAUUGCUUCAACAGUGACCGACGAUUCUGGUGUCUUUACAUUCAGUCCUAUCGUACCUGGAUCUUAUCGUGUCCAAGCCUCACAUCAAUCAUGGUCAUUCUCUAAGACUGAAUAUCCAGUAAUUGUCACAACAGGAAAUACAAAAUUAGAAACUGGAUCCCUAAUUGUUGCUGGAUUCAAUUUGGAAGGCUCAAUUUCUCAGCCAUCUGUGAAAAUUGGAUUCUUGAUCUAUAACAAGUUGAAACAACAACCAAGCCUAACAUGUGGAAAUGAACUUAAUAAACUACCAAAAUCUGAGAUCCAGCAAUCAGUUUCUAAGGAAUAUGAAGCACAACCAUUCUGUAUCCAAUAUGCAAACAAGAACGGACAGUUUGCAUAUGAAAAAUUAGCAACUGGAAGUUACUUGAUUGUUCCUUAUGUAGACUCAAAUUCAAUUGAAUUUAACAUAAGUCCAUCAUUUAUUGAAGCAGCAAUCACAACAGACAAUUUGAAACUUGAACAGUCAUUUGCCAUUACUGGAUUUACUGCAUCAGGACGAAUUUUACUGUCCGAGACUAAGAAAGUUGGAGUCAGUGGAGCAUUAAUCAAAAUUGAUGGCAAAAAUGUAGCUACAACAGGAAGCGAUGGAAGCUUUACAUUGAAAAAUAUCAAGGACGGAAGUUACACAGUCCAAGUUGUAGCUUCAGACUUAGAAUUCAAGGAUGAAAACGUGAGAAUUUCUAUGGCGAAUCCAAAAAUCUCUGAUAUUUUCGUCAGUGGCUUCAAAGUUUGUGGAAAAAUUGUAUCUGACGCAAGCUUCAAAGUUGGAAUCAAAAAGACUGACUCAUCACGAACUGUUUAUGCUACAUCAGAUCCAUCACAAGGCGGUUCCUUUUGCACAUUCUUAGGAAAUGGCAAAUAUUCAUUAGAAGUAGAAAUUGAAGAAUCAGAACGCAAGAAUGGCUUACAAUUCUACCCAAUUCAACAGACAAUCGAGGUCAAUGCAGCCGCAGUUUCGGAUAUAAUUUUCUCACAACUGCGUGCAAAAGUAACUGGUGAUGUUAAUUGCCUAUCUGAUGAUGACAAUAGUUGUCGUGAUAUUGAAGUUACAUUAAGUUCAUUAGAUGAGCACGGUCACCAAACAUCAUCAUUAAAAUCAAAAUUAACAAACGGAAUUUACACAUUCGAAGAAAUUUUACCCGGACGAUAUCAAUUGUCAGUGCCAAAUGAAAAAAUAUGUUGGGAAAAUCAUCAGCAUAAAAUUGUUGUCAAAUCAACAAUUGAAAAAGUUCCGAAAUUCGUGCAGAAUGGAUAUAAAAUUGGGCCAAUUAUUUCUUCACAUGAUGUCCAGGGUACAUACAAAUUCCAAUCAUCAGACAAAACCAAGCCAUCCAAAGAAACAAAAGUCGCAUUCUCAAGCGGUGCAAAUGAUAUUUGUGUCCCAAAAGCAGGAGCAUAUGAUCUCAAAGUUAGUGGAUGUCACAUCUAUGAAGAAAGCACAAAAGUAUUAUCGACAAAGAGCACACAACCAAUUUACAUUAAUGCCAUUAAGCAUAAGAAUGGAAUGAGAAUUUUGAGUGAAAUGAAGGAACAAUUUACAAUUGAAGUGCAAUAUGAGGAUGAAAGGAAGGACGUGUUGAAGCUUGUUGAGCAAGCUGAGAGAGUUGAUGGAUAUGUAGCAUAUAAUCUUAAUCUUGAUCUCAAAUUUGGCGAGAUUGUCAAAUUGACACCAAAAAGUGAACAAAUGCUUUUCAAGCCACCAUCAAUGGACCUUAAAGGUGCUAAAGACUGUGUUGAAGUUGCUCUGAACUUUAUAGCUACAAAAGGUUUAGUGAUCACCGGAAGAACGGAACCAAAAAUCGCUGAAGCACUUGUGACACUUUCAUUCCCAAAGAACAAUGAAUUUUCACCAAUCACGACACUUACAAAUGCAGUCGGUGAAUUCAAGUUUCCCACAAUCGAUCCAACAUUAGACUAUGAACUGAAAGCUGAAAAGGAAAGUUAUGUGUUCCAAGACUAUGAUGCAAUAAGAAACAUCUUUGAAGGUCACAAAUUGUGUGAAAUUAUUGUUAAAGUAAAAGACGAAGAGGCAAAAGAACUAUCAAAUGCUGUGAUCUCAUUGAGCGGUGAUAAUUAUCGCAAAAAUCUUCAGACGGCAGCCAAUGGUGAAAUAAAAUUCCAUUCAUUGAAGCCAGGCAAAUAUUUCUUGCGGGCGAUGAUGAAGGAAUACGAAUUCAAGCCAAACUCACAGACAAUCGACAUUAAAGAUGGUGAGACUCUGAAUAUCGAUUUGAGUGCUAAACGUGUAGCGUACUCAGUAUUUGGUAAAAUUACGACACUUAGCGGUGAUCCAUUUGCGAAUGUGAUGGUCGAAGCUGUGUCAACAUCAGAAGCAUGUAGUAAUCAUCAAGAAGAAUCAACAACAGAAUUCAAUGGACAAUAUAGAAUUCGUGGCUUACAAACUGGCUGCGAUUAUAAAAUUCGAUUACAGAAAAAUUCCAAUGUUGAUCGUUCAUUGCCAUCAGAAAGGAUGGUUCAUGUGGAUACGACCGAUGCACAAAAUGUCAACUUCAUUGCCAUCAAUCCAAUCAAUAUUUGUGAUGUGAUUGUCAAGAUAAAAUCAAAAACUAAUGAUCAUUACAAGACACUCAAGAUUCAAAUGUAUAGAAAGGAAUCACCAGAUUCUCCUGUCUAUACUCAACGUAUUGAGAAUCUUAUGAUGCCAAAGAGUAAACACAAUGAUGACAUUAUGGUCUUUUUGCCACGCAUUAAUGCUAAUGAUUUCUAUAAAGUUUUCUUCAUUGAAUUCACGACAACGUUGAGUGAGAAAAAUUACAACUAUAAAUUGCCGUCCAUUCAGUUCACAGCUAAUACAACCAACAUCUACUUUGAGGUUGAAUUUAAUCCAAUUUUGAAGCAAUCAGAGACAGAGUUGAACAAAAAUUCACUUGCUGCACUUUUGCUCAUCUUCAUGGUCGCAUUUGUCUUCCUCAAGCAAGAGCUUGUCUUUGAGGUUGGCAAGAACUUGAUUGCAAAGUUAAAUAAUGAGACUAGUAAGCAGCCAGUCAAGAAGACUGAAGGAAAGGCUGAUAAAUUCAUUGAUGCUAAAGAAAUCGAUGACCUCGCGGACUUUAUAGAGGAAAAGAAGAAAAAGAAAUCUAAGAAAAGCAAUUAG